CACUCGAAUCAAAAUAUAUUCUGAAAUUAUUUUUUAACGAACAACCAAGCAAUUGAACUUCGCCUUGGAUCCUCGGCGCAAAUCUCAUCGUCGUCACCAUCACCCUAUUUGCAAGCAAUUUGCACAGACCUGAGAAAUUAUAUCCGACCACUUAAAAACCCCGAUAAACCCAUCAGAGUUAGGGUUUAGUGGCAAUACUUUUUUUUGUUUGUAAAUGCAAUAGAACAGUCUAGGGUUUCAAUGUCCAAGAGAAAGUUUGGGUUCGAAGGCUUCGGUAUAAACAAACAAUCGACGUAUAGUUUCGAGCGACCUGAGGCCCCCCAGCGGCUCUACGUUCCUCCCUCGUCUCGUGGUGGUGGCCAUGAUCACUACGAAGACACCGACCUCGACAAUAUUGAGUAUGAAGAUCCCAGCCACAACGCGGCCAAUAACGACGAAGGAGGCGGCGGAGCAGAUGAUGGCGAAAUCGACCCGCUUGACGCCUUUAUGGAAGGGAUUCAUGAGGAGAUGAGGGCGGCGCCGCCUCCGAAGGCGAAGGAGAAGGCGGAUAAAUAUAGGGACGACGAGGAGGAUGAUCCGAUGGAGAGUUUUUUGAGAGCGAAGAAGGACGUGGGGUUGACCUUGGCGUCUGAAGCUCUUCACGCUGGUUAUAAUUCAGAUGAGGAGGUCUAUGCUGCUGCCAAGGCGGUUGAUGCUGGAAUGUUAGAAUAUGAUUCCGAUGAUAAUCCUAUAGUUCUCGACAAGAAGAAGAUUGAGCCUAUUGCUGCUCUGGAUCACAGUUCGAUUGAUUACGAACCGUUUAACAAAGAUUUCUACGAAGAAAAACCAUCCAUAUCAGGUAUGAGCGAACAGGAUGUUGCUGAGUAUCAGAAAAGUUUAGCCAUCCGUGUUUCAGGGUUCGAUGUUCCAAGACCAAUAAAGACAUUUGCAGAGGCUGGAUUUUCUAUAGAGCUAAUGAAAGCUAUAGCAAAACAAUCGUAUGAAAAACCUACUCCGAUACAGUGCCAGUCUUUGCCAAUUGUGCUAUCAGGUAGAGAUAUCAUUGGCAUUGCAAAAACUGGGUCAGGGAAGACUGCUGCCUUCAUCCUUCCGAUGAUUGUUCACAUUAUGGAUCAACCUGAACUGGCUAAAGAAGAGGGCCCCAUUGGAGUAGUCUGUGCACCUACUAGAGAACUGGCACAUCAAAUAUAUUUGGAGGCCAAGAAAUUUGCAAAAGCCAAUGGUAUUCGUGUGUCUGCAGUUUAUGGUGGAAUGUCAAAACUUGAGCAGUUUAAAGAACUGAAGUCAGGGUGCGAGAUAGUUGUUGCAACACCUGGGAGACUGAUAGACAUGCUAAAGAUGAAAGCAGUGACAAUGUCAAGAGCUACUUACUUGGUCCUUGAUGAAGCUGAUAGGAUGUUUGACCUUGGAUUUGAACCCCAGAUAAGGUCCAUUGUAGGUCAGAUCAGACCAGAUCGCCAAACAUUGCUGUUUUCAGCAACAAUGCCCCGUAGAAUUGAAAAACUUGCCAGGGAGAUACUGAGUGACCCAGUGAGAGUUACAGUUGGAGAGAUUGGAAUGGCUAAUGAGGAUAUCACCCAGGAAGUUCAAGUACUUCCUGCAGAUACUGAUAAACUGCAAUGGCUGCUUGAAAAGCUACCAGGGCUGAUUGAUAAUGGUGACGUAUUGGUUUUUGCUUCAAAAAAGGCAACAGUGGAUGAGAUAGAAAGCCAGCUAUCCGGGAAGGGGUUUAAAGUUGCUGCUCUUCAUGGGGAUAAAGACCAGGCAUCUCGUAUGGAGAUAUUGAACAAGUUUAAAUCUGGAAUAUAUCAUGUUCUUGUUGCGACUGAUGUUGCUGCUCGUGGUCUUGACAUAAAGUCAAUUAAGUCUGUGGUUAAUUUUGAUAUAGCUAGAGACAUGGACAUGCAUGUGCAUCGAAUUGGGAGAACAGGACGUGCUGGUGAUAAAGAUGGGACUGCUUACACUCUUAUCACACAUAAGGAGGCUCGUUUUGCUAGCGACUUGGUUAACAGUUUGAUUGCAGCUGGUCAAAAUGUGUCCAUGGAACUUAUGGACCUUGCUAUGAAGGAUGGGAGGUUUAGAUCGAAGCGAGAUGCUAGAAAAGGAGGGGGAGGGGGAGGGGGAGGGGGCAAAAGGGCAAAAGGAAGGGGUGGGGGUGGUGGGAAUAGAGGUGUGCGUGGUGUGGAUUUUGGUUUGGGGAUAGGAUACAGCUCAGAACCCAAAGCAGCUCCUCCUAGUGGCUCAGCUGUUAAUUCCCUUAGGACGGGAGUGAUGGCUCAGUUCAAAAGCAGCUUUGUUGCUGCAUCCAAUAAUUCUGGAAAUCAGGGGAGCAAGAAAAUGGUAUUGCCUGGCUUUGUUUCUGGUGGUUCCAUAGGUGGAACUCCCCCCACCCCCAUGCCAACUUAUCACAACAGAGAACAGCAGCAGCAGCAGCAGGGGACUUCUGAGAGCAACAGCAGCAGCAGCAGAUCAUCCAGAGAAAGAAGAAGGCCUUCUGGUUGGGACCGCUAGCUAGCUAGCUCAAGUCAACUUCAAGAACUUGUAUGUUUUAUUUGUUAUGUGACUACCGACUAAAACCUCAACUUUUAGUUUCAUCAUAUUACUAGUCAUAUAUAUGAUAUAUGUACUCUACUCUACUUGCAACUUUAUUUAAAUUCAUUCGUGGAUCUCGAUUUCGAUAUAAA